GCGGCGGGAGGCGGUGAGUGGGGAGGGGGGGGCACCGGGACCCCGGGACAAACCGGGACCCCCGGGGACACAGAGGGGAUGGCAGGGACACGGCGGGAUCUCCAGGCACAGCGGGAUCACCGGGGACACAUCGGGACCGCCGGGGAUGGCAGGGACGCCCCAGAACACAGCGGGACAAACCAGGACCCAGCGAGGACGGCAGGGACACACCGGGACUAUUAGAGACCCCCUGGGGUGGAAGGGACACACCGGGACGGGCAGCGACACACCAGGACCCCCGGGGAUGGUGGGGACACAGCGGGACCCCCGGGAAUGACGGGAACACACAGCGGGACCCCCGGGGAGGGUGGAGCACAGCGGGGCCGUGAGGGACUAGCCGGGACACACCGGGACGAGCAGGGACCCCCCGGAGCUGGCAGGGACACCACGGGAUCCACCGGGACCCCCGGUUCCUUCCACCGCCCCGGGCCCGGCCCGGCUCUGCCCGUGCUGCCCGCCCCUCUCACCGCAUCGCUCCGCUCCGCCCAGGUCGGGGAUGGGCUGACACUGCCCGGGCUGGGCACCGAGGGGCUGUGGGACCCCCCGGGACCUUCCACCAGCCCCGGCGAGGGGAGCGCGGCCUCGACACUGCUCGGGAGCGAGAAGGAACCACCUGCGGUGACGAACUCCCGUCCCUCGGGAUCUCCGGGUAGCGGGAGCAGCGCCGGGAUCUGUUGGAAGGUGACCGCGGAAGGGUCCCUGCUGCCACCCCGGGGGUCCCCGCUGGCGUCCACACCGGGCACGGGGGGGUUGCGGAAGGAAUAAAGACCCCAGGCUGAGCGGGGGGAUCCCGGAGAUGGAGCCCCCCGCCGCCCCCCUCAUCCCGGGGGUGGGGGACGAGGUGACGCUGGUGGCCGGGCUGGCGGUGCUGGCGCUGGCGCUGGUACUGGCCUGGCUCUCCACGUACGUGGCCGAUGGCACCAACCAGGCCCUGGGCACGGGGGACGCCGCUGUCAUCCGCCUCGGGCCCCUCCCGCCCUACGGGGGGGCCGCGGGGGCGGCAGAAGCCCCGGAGUCCCCCGGGGUCCCCGAGAACACGGAGGAGAAAACUGAGGAGGAAGAAGGGGCGGUGGCGCAGGGGGACAGCGGCACCACCCCCGACCCCGGCCUGGAGCAGCUGCUGGAUGUCCAGAGCUUGUCCCAAGGGAUGGCUGAGCCCCGCGCCCCCGGGGAGGGGGAUCUGUGCCCCGGACUCAUCAAGAUCCGCCUCAAGUUCCUCAACGACACCGAGGAGGUGGCGAUGGCCCGGCCUGAGGACACCGUGGGAGUCCUCAAGAGCAAAUACUUUGCGGGCCAGGAGAGCCAGAUGAAGCUCAUCUACCGCGGGCAGCUGCUGCAGGACCAGGCGCGGACACUGCGCUCACUCCGCAUCACGGACAACUGUGUCAUCCACUGCCACCGCUCCCGGGGAGCCACCACGGCCACCCCCGCCCUGCCCGACCCUGUCCCUGCCGUCCCCACGGCCCCGGGGCUGCCCCUGGGCGGGGGGACCCUCAUGGUCCCCACGGUCAUGGUGGUGCUGGCGCUUGGGUGGUAUUUCCGCGUCAACUACCGGCAGCUCUUCACCACCCCGGCCACCGUGUCCCUCAUCGGGGUCACCGUCCUGGUCACCUUCCUGGCCUUCGGGGUGUAUGGACAGUCGGGAUGAGGCGGAAAGGAGCUGGGGAGACACUCCAGUGUCCCUGUCCGCACACUGUCCCCGUCCCUGUGGCAUUACAGUGACCAGAGCCAGCAUGGCAGGGGCUGUUUGGCCCAGCCUCGCUGCCAGAUUUUAUCCCCCCAAAAAAGGGCUGUGCCCCCCCCAACUCAGAACUCCAUUCGUCCCAUUCCCAAUCCCAGCUCUGGGGGAGUGGGACAGCACUGGAACGGGCCGUGGCUUCUUCUUUUUAAAGCAAAUAAAGGGUGUUAAGUCACCCCAGCGCUCACCUUCCCA